AUGGCGCUAUGGGCUACUAGCAAAUUAGCUAUCGGGUCCUCCAACGCUGGCAUGCUACGAGAGAGCUGCCUUGUAAAAUUUCCCGUUGGCGUCAGCGCACCACUAGCAAUCUUAGGAGACAUUGCAUAUUUCCCAACUUGGGAUGGUCGGUUCGUCGCGUUUGACUACAAGAGUUGUCAAGUCCACUGGAACAUCAGCGUCUCCGACAUCAUCACUGGUUUUGCUCCUCUUACAACCUUGCAAGUCUCUUACACCCGAGCAGCCUCAAGGUCUACCCCUCAGUUUGAUGAAUCAGUGCUCUACUUCACUACACUCGCAUAUGCUCUUGUAGUUGCCGUUGAUCGUCAGACUGGAGCGUACUUGGCUGUUACGCAGAUCAACUCUCAUGAACUUGCGACACUCACAAUGAGUCCGACAUUUUACAAAGGUAAGCUCCUCGUCGGUGCAUCUAGCCAGGAAGAGGCAGCGGCAGGAUUCACUCCAGAUUAUGCAUGCUGCUCUUUCGUCGGCAAUAUGGCUGCGGUCGAGUAUGAUGAGAGUGCACGGGAAUUCAAAACAGUUUGGGAUAUCAGUAUGAUCACUGCUGGUUCGACACCACCCGGAUGGUCAGGAGUAGCCGUGAGGGGUUCCCAACCAUCCAUUGAUGAAGCUCGAUCUCAAGUCUUUGUGGCCACAGGCAACGUCUACUCGGUGCCACCAGAAUACGAAUCCUGCCUGAUGAAGGCCGACACCAAUAUCACCAGCACGAACUCUACUUGCUUGCCAGGAAACAUCCUCCAGGAAGCUGUUCUUGCUCUCGACAUCGGAACUGGAGCCAUCAUAUGGUCGCACGUUGUGUCUCCCCUCGAUUCCUGGACUACGGCCUGUGAAUAUGGUGCCUCUCUACCAAAUGUAGCCGUCUGUCCCGGUACACCAGGCCCUGAUGCAGAUUUCGGAAUGGCCCCAACGUUCGUCCUACCCUCGAGAUGGACACCAAAUAAAGAAGAUACCGUGGUCAUAGGUCAGAAAAACGGUGUGAUUCAUGCCUUCUCAGCAAAGGACGUCACACUGCACUGGUCCAGCGCCACCAGUCAUGACGGAGUGGAAGGUGGUCUGAUCUGGGGAAUCGCUGUCGAUGACAAGCGUGUCUACUUUGCCGCUGUUAACAGCAACUUUGUCAGUUGGCAAGUACAGCCUCUAAACCACACCAUCGAUAAUUCUGCUUUUGGCGCCCUGUCGCUACUGAAUGGCUCUAUACUCUGGGAAAUCCCAUCGCCAUAUGACUCCAUCUCCUUUGUUCAACCUUCCGUGGUUAACGACACCUUAUUCACCGGCCGUACGGGACAAAAUAAGACUGGCAGCCACGAUCUCACUCGAGGAGGGCUUAUUGUGAUUGACAAACGAUCGGGCUUGAUGAUUAAGGAUUACAAUCUCGAUGUCAAUUUUCAUGGUGGUGUUGCGAUCCAAAAUGACUAUGUUAUGUUUGGAACUGGAUACAAUGGUUUUUCUGGUGUUGGUGGAUUCCAUGUUUACACGCUGUAG